GGGGAGGGAUUUCCUGCCGGGACGGGGAGGCACGGCUCGGAAUUGUACGGCUCGGGGUUGCACGGCUCGGCUCGGCACGGCACGGCGCUGCACGGCUCGGGCUCUCCCGCUGCUUUUCGGUCUGGCACCGCGCGCUCCGGUCCGGCACGGCUCGGCACGCUGCGAGCACCCCAGGUCCCAGGCUGCCGUGCCAGCCCGCACCGGGCUCGGCUGCGCGCGGGGCUCCCCAGCGUGGCUGCAGCGCUGUCGCCAAGAGGAAUGCCGAAGCGAGGGGGCUAAUGAGCACCAGAGAGGGAGGAUCUAUGACUUCCAGAUGGCAAGAAGCCUGUAAUCCCUUUGGGAAGAAUUAGGGACUCAUCGGCGUGGCAGAGCCUGCCAAGGGGAGCAAAGCGAGGCACCUCUGGCUGCGGAGGCCCGCAGCAUCCCGAUGCCAGCCCCGCUGGGUGCCCUGCCCCAAGCUGCCUCGCUGGGUCUCGUGGCAUCCUGUUGCUGCUGGGAGCCGGUCCCUCAGCACUGAACCCUUUCUCAUCUUAACUGAUUGCAUGUUCUCUGAAUGAACCCCGUCUGGGUCCUGCUCCUCCCGACACAAAGGGACUUCUGCCGCUGACAGAGACACUUCUUCCUUCAUUUUUUUAUGUCCCGUGGGAUUUUAAAGCAUCUUUCGUACCGGAUUUCACCGCCUCUCCGAGCAUGUUUUGAGGAUUUACAGGCUCAUUCUCAUGGCUUUAUAAACCUCCGGGAUCCGAGGGCUUCUUCCUUGUGCGCCGCUGCCGCUCCCACCUGUCCGCCAUGGGGCGAGAGCAGGAGCUGAUCCAGGCCGUGAAGAACGGGGACAUACCCGGCGUGCAGAAGCUGGUGGCCAAGAUCAAAGCAUCCAAGAGCAAGCUCCUGGGAUCCGCCAAGCGCCUGAACGUGAACUACCAGGAUGCGGACGGGUUCUCGGCGCUGCACCACGCGGCCCUGGGCGGCAGCCUGGACCUCAUCUCGCUGCUGCUGGAGGCACAGGCCACCGUGGACAUCAAGGACAGCAACGGGAUGCGCCCCUUGCACUACGCGGCCUGGCAGGGACGCGUGGAGCCGGUGCGGGUGCUGCUGCGCGCCGCUGCCUCUGUCAACAUGGCCUCGCUGGACGGGCAGAUCCCGCUGCACCUCUCGGCGCAGUACGGCCACUACGAGGUGUCGGAGAUGCUGCUGCAGCACCAGUCCAACCCCUGCCUCAUCAACAAAGCGAAGAAAACCCCCCUGGACCUGGCCUGUGAGUUUGGGCGGCUGAAGGUGGCCCAGCUGCUGCUGAACAGCCAUCUGUGCGUCGCCCUGCUGGAGGGACAGUCCAAGGACGCGACCGACCCCAACUACACCACCCCGCUGCACCUAGCAGCCAAGAACGGGCACAAGGAGAUCAUCAGGCAGCUGCUGAAGGCUGGGAUUGAGAUCAACAAGCAGACGAAGACGGGCACAGCCCUGCACGAAGCCGCGCUCUAUGGCAAAACAGAGGUUGUGCGAUUGCUGCUGGAGGGUGGCGUUGACGUGAACAUCAGGAACACCUACAACCAGACGGCACUGGACAUCGUGAACCAGUUCACCACCUCGCACGCCAGCAAGGACAUCAAGCAGCUGCUCAGAGAGGCAUCAGGAAUCCUGAAGGUCCGAGCUUUGAAGGAUUUUUGGAACCUCCACGAUCCAACUGCUCUCAAUGUCCGGGCAGGAGAUGUCAUCACGGUCCUGGAGCAGCAUCCCGAUGGGCGAUGGAAGGGGCACAUCCACGACACUCAGAAGGGCACCGAUCGCGUCGGGUACUUCCCCCCCUCCAUUGCCGAAGUCAUCAGCAAACGAACAGGCAUGAUCCUCCCCCGCAUGGCACCCACGCACCAGCGCCAGGGCCCCCCCGGGGCCCUCACGGCUCCCCCCGGCGGGCUGCAGCACCUCCCCGACGAGUGUCCGCAGCAGGCAGCCCCAAGCAUCCCAGCACCCUAUGGCCACCUCACCCUAACCCGGACGGCCCCGGGCCCUGACAGCUCAGCAGGAGACAGGAACAGCGUGGGCAGCGAGGGCAGCAUCGGCAGCAUCCGCAGUGCCGGCAGCGGCCAGAGCACCGAGGGCACCAACGGGCAGAGCACCAGCAUCCUCAUCGAGAAUGCCAGGCCGCUGCCCUCCACUGGCGACGACCUCCAACAACACCUCUUGGGAUCAGAGCCUCGCAACGGGCAGUUGACUUCCACAGCAGGGCCACCAGGCCACCAGAGCCCUGGCAACUGUCCCCCAGGAGACAGGGUCUUCUCCCACCAGUUCUUGCGGCCUGAGCAGCUCCUGGAGGGGAAGGACGCAGAAGCCAUUUACAACUGGCUGAGGGAGUUCCAGCUUGAGUCGUACACUGCCAACUUCCUCAACGCCGGCUACGAUGUCCCCACCAUCAGCCGCAUGACCCCUGAGGAUCUGACAGCCAUCGGCGUGACCAAACCAGGGCACAGGAAGAAGAUCUCCACUGAGAUCGGGCAGCUCAGCAUUGCCGAGUGGCUGCCCAACUACAUCCCGGCUGACCUGAUGGAUUGGCUCAGUGCCAUCGGCUUGCCCCAGUACCACAAAAAGCUGGUGAACAACGGCUACGACUCCAUCACCAUCGUGACGGACCUGACGUGGGAGGAUCUGCAAGAGAUUGGCAUCAACCAACUGGGCCACCAGAAGAAGAUCAUGCUGGCCGUCAAGAAGCUCAGAGACCUCCGCAAAAGCCUCAACCAAGCAGAAGCCACCCUGGCAAGACGCAAAGUCCCCGGUGCCCUGGACAUUGUCACCAUUGAGUCACUGGAGAAUGGGGAAUGCCAGUCCCCACACACUCCCAAAAUGACAACAUUCCAGGACAGCGAGCUCAGCUACGAGCUCCAGACAGCCAUGUCCAACAGCUGCCACGAGACGCUCAGCAUCAAGAACAGCCAGGGAAUGUCGCGGAGCCAGGAGAGCAUCGGGGUGCGGUCCCGAGGUUCAGGGCACUCGCAGGACAAUGUUUUGUCCCGGCACCUCUCUAGCCCCUCGCAGGAGAGCCUGGGCAGCGGGGAGAGCAGCAGCAGCAGCGGGCAGUCCUGCGCGCCACCCCGCAGCAAGGAGAGCCCGGCCAGCCUGCCGGGACGGCCCAGCCCCGAGCCCUUUGGGAAGCUCGUCUCCCCCGAGGGGCUGAACGGCUACGCCAACGGCAGCGGGGGCAGCCCUCUCAAGGAGAGGAACUUGCCUGAAGGCACGGAUCAGUACGCCCGGCCAACGGCUCAGAAAGGUGCUGGCCCUGCAGGGCCACCAGCAGUCACCCCUUGUACCCCUCCCCAGACCCCCAACAAGGCGACGGCCCCGUAUGUCUUCAUGUACCCGCACGUCUCCCUGAAAUCCCCGACGGCCCCUUCCCUCCUGGGGGCCGAGCAGCCCAAGACCUUGGCACACCCCUACCCCUCCUUCCCUUCUGGGCAGAAGAGCAGCCUGCAGACAUCAGCCCAAAAAGCCUUCUCCUACCUGCACAGCCAGUGCAGCCCCACCGAGCCGUCCAAGACUGCUGCGGCCCCGGGCACCUGGCAGGCAGGGGAGCAGCACAACGGGGGCGAAGGCUUCAAGUACAAGAAGCGGUCGCACAGCCUGAACCGCUACGCGCUGUCAGAUGGAGAGCACGAAGAGGAGGAGGGGGUGCCCACCAGCACCCUGGGCUCCUAUGCCACCUUGACGCGGCGGCCGGGCCGCAGCCAGAUGCCACGGGCCUGCCUGCAGGCGGAAGCCAAGGUGACCCGCAGCCAAUCCUUCGCCAUCCGGGCCAAGCGCAAGGGACCCCCUCCGCCACCUCCCAAGCGUCUCAGUUCUGUCUCCAGCACCCCUGCCACCGAGGCGAACGGCGAGCAGCCCCCCGACCCCGAGCAGCAGCCUCCUGUCCCCCAGGACAUGGCUGAUGCGGGUGCCAGCCCCGGUGACACCAGUCGCAGCAGGACAGUGAGGAACCUGGCAGCUGCACUGGAGGGGACACCCGGGGCAAGCCCACCCAAGCCCCUUCUGGCUCCAAAACCUCUGCAUGUGGCUCAGGACUCUCUCUCCAGGGCCAGUGUGGACGAUCGGUCCUAUGAUGGCGGUGAUACUGGCAGUACCGUGCUUGCUGACGCUGGCAGGGACGCCUUUGAGAGCAGCAAGCCGCGGAGACGGACACUGAGUGAGCCCAGCGCUCCCAUGACGGAGGCUGUGCAGGUCGGGCGGGAGGACGCCUGCUCAGACACGGAGGAGGAGGCCAAGCCCGAGGUCUCCUCAUCCUCCCAGAACAGCUCCAGCGAGUGCAUCCCCUUUGCAGAAGAAGGCAACUUAACCAUCAAGCAGCGUCCGAAGCCUGCUGGGCACCCCAAGGCCGACGCUGCGGUGCAGGAUGCAGAGCCCAGUUCCCAGCCUGCAGAGCCCCCGUGCUCUGCUGGGAAGGAGCCGGCGGCACCUGCUGCCACCAAGGAGCCGCCCGUGCUGGAGUUCAACCUCACCGAGUCGGACACGGUGAAGCGCCGGCCCCGCUUCAAGGAGCGGGAGCCGCUGCAGGCUGUGCUGAAGGCAUUCAGCCUGGCAGGGCAGGCAGAGGCGGGUGGCAGCCCCGCGCCCCAGUACGCCCAGGCCCAAGCUGUGAGCAUUGUGGGCCCCACCACUGGGCCGGCACCACGGGCCGGGCUGGCUGGAGACACCUUUGAUGAUGACAGCGUGGAGUUCAGGAUUGCCGAGAUAGAGAAGAGCAUCUUGUCGCUGGAGAAGGGGAUCAAGAAGACACCGAGCCCCACCAAAGCCCCCAGCCCCACGGAGCUGCUCAGCACUGCCGUGGUGAGGACACCUGCUCCAGGUAUGGGGUCUCAGGGGGGUCUCUCUGAGGCGGUGGCAAGGCCUGAGGCUCCCUCCUUCCCCUGCUGGGUCAGGACAGCAUCCCCGGCUGGCCAGGAGGCAAGGGGGACCUGUGCCACCACGUGCCACGAGGCUUCUUCCCUUGCAGACGUCCCCGCCAAGCACACCUCAGUGGCAUCCACCAAGCUGGUGUUCUCCGGGCCCAAGACCAUCUACCAGCAAGUCCUGCAGCCCUCCCGCCACACUGUUGCUCCCUGGGCAGCCCCCGAGGCGGUGCCAGAUGUGGUCGGGUCCCUGGCCGCUCCCAGCCCUCUGACGCUAGAGGCAAGCAGCAAGGUGUCGCCGAAGCCUUUGGCCGCUGCCCCGGGGACCGCCCUGGUCCAGCAGCGGCUGGAGCACACCAACUCCACCCUGGCUGCUGCGCUGCAGGCAGCUGAGAAGAAGAUCACAGCGGAGGAGGUGGAGAGCCCCCCUGGGGCCGUGCACUCGGCCAAGAACAUCCUGGAGGACAUCAGCAACAUGUUCGAUGAUCUGGCCGACCAGCUGGACGCGAUGCUGGACUGAGGCUUGCUCCCUCCUUCCCUUCCCCGCCUCCGGCUGCUCUGCCAGUGCCGUCGUGAUGGGGGGAGAGCGGAUCCGGUGCCGCGUGGUGCCUCCAGGUCUCUCCAGCCGCCUCCCUCCCUGCACUUUGCACUGUGGCCGGGAACGUGGCUGCCCCUCCUCACCCACCCCGUGUCACCGGCCCCAGAGCCACCCGGCUCCGUGUCACACGCUCCGGCACAGCCGCGGGGGUCAGGCGUUUCCCACCAGACUGGCAGCAGGAGGAGAGCCCGGAGGGGCUGCGCAUGUGGUCCUGGAGGCCGCGGAGAAGCCCUCGCUCCCUCGCACAGCACUGAGGAGCCUCCACAAGGGACCUUUUUCUUUCCACACUGCGUUGCCGAGUCCUGCCUCUUAUUAUUUAUCCCCUGCCAACAAAGUGUCAAAGGAAAGACCUCCCUGGGCAGCCGCCACGGAGCUGGCUAUUUACUGAGCAGAUCCCAGCCCCGGCAGGGCCUGACAGCAGCUAAAAGAAGACAGGGCUUGUCGCGAUUUGGCAGCUUACGGAGUGAGAAGGAACCUUCCUGCUUUUUUUGCUGCUUUUUCCAAACGCAUCAGCGUCAGGCAGCGUGUAAUCUGAGCGGAUCGAAAUCCCCCGCUGGGACCCACAGCCCCUCAGGAGGGGGCUGGCACAGCCUGCAGAGCUGCGGGACGCGGGGGGCUACCUGCACCCUCCCGCAGCGCCGAGGAUGGCUGCAGGGUCCUCGCAGGAUGCCUGCGCAGCGCCGAAGGCCGCACACGGCUGUGCGCCCAGCAGGAUCGCGCUGCUACACUGAGGCUGCCCUCUGCUGCCACUGUGCGACACAAACUGCCGGCCCCAGUGUUCCCAGGGCAGAAGUAGCAGAGUGGUUAGCGGGGUUUUUUGUUUUUUGUUUUUUUUUUUGGUUUGUUUUCCCUCCCCUAUUUCCCCUUUUUUUUUGGGGGGGUGGCCCCCUUUUCCCGCUGCCCCUCCCUGCAGGGAGGUGCUGGCACAAACCCAGCCCUGAACGUCGCUAAGCGGUGGCAGCGUUUGGGACUGCGCACGAUGCUUCCUCGCACUAAAACCCAGCGGGAGAGGUGACCCCGCAUGCACGGGGUGAAUUCAGCUCAGCAACAGCUACUGUAAAUACACGCUGGAUGCAGUCACAGCCCCGUGGCUGCAGCAGGGGAACAGCAGUGAUAGCUCAUUGCAUCCAAGCAGUAGGAACGGCUGCAUAGCUUGAAGACAGAUUUCUCUAGCAGGAUCUGUUUAGUAGUGCAUGUCUAAAUAUGUCCAAGAGCCCCAAACUUGGCUUGCACUCGGCAUGCCAAGCAAAUGAAAGCAUCAGAGCACCAGAAGGGAACCUAAGAUUGGACUGAAGUGCCAUUUGUUACAAAAAUUCCAGACGAAGGGAAAAAAAAUUCCAACCCUUACCCCUUUUUAAAAAAAUCACCCGCACAAAACCCAACUGGAAAGGGAGGAGGUGGCCGAAGAGGCGGGUGCUCCCCAGCCCUUUGGGGAGUUUGGGACUGACUUUGCCUGCUCGCAGCCCCUCGCUCCCUGCACUGAGAAAGGCGCGGAGCCCGCCUGUUCGGGUCCCCAGGGCUCACCAGCAGCGGCUGUGCCACGGGCCCAGCAUGGCGGGAGGCGCCAGCCUGGCUUUGGGCUGAAAAGCACAGAUGAAAAAUCCCUGAAAAAAGUAAAAUAAAAUAAAAUCAUUGGCUGGGACUUGAGGUCAGUUUGAGGCGAUUUAGACACCUCUCUCCUGGCCAGUUGGUUGCUCUGUUUUAUACAUCACAUUGAGUGUAUUUAAAUGACCGAGUCCGACAGGCAAGUGCUGCGCCAUGGACCUGACUGGUUUUAAAACAGCUCCAACCAGUGGCACUUUAACGAAAGGUUUGCAGAAACCUUUUAAAACUGAUUUUUAUUCUCACAAGUCAAUCUGGGGCAAGCCCAGUUAUUUUUUUCCAAUGUUGAUAAAACUGUAAAUGUUUUUUUAAAGGCCAAUGUAUAUAUUUUAAAUGUGAUUUAUUAUAUAUAUUUACUAACCAGAACUGCAAGUCUUGUACUCUGGGGUCAGGGAUAAGAGGACACUGGGGUGGAGCUGUCGCUGUCUGAGCCACCUGAGGGCACCAUCAUGUUGCUCUCAUUGUCAAUAAGGGAAUUAAACAUUUGUUUUGCAGAAGAAUGCCUAUUUUUUAAGCUCUAGAUCUCUAUUUUGAAGCUACUGUAUGGUGUGUAAGUUAUGUACACUGCAACUGGGACUAACUGACCCUGGCUGCACCUGCUCUGUGCAGCAAGACAGUGAGGGGAAAAAAUAGCCCAUGUAAGCACCAGACUGACAACAGAUUUUAAACCAUCUGCUCUGUUUGUGUUGAUCAUGUGUUUUGUUUUCCACUAACAUCCGUUAAGACUAAAUUCUAUUAAACAGUGGGGCAUAUUUUACCCUUUUGAUA